GAAGAAUUUUCUUGAACUCAUGAACUUCAUGCUACCUUAAAGCUAAUUCUAAUUUUUUAAAUUAUUGUCUAACGGCCGAAAUGAAUUGCCGACCUUAUUACAUAAUCUCUGGAUCGAAUUCUGUUUUGGUAGCACCUCCAUGUAAGCAAUGUCAAAAAUCAAACAAAAAUCGAUCUUAAUCCACAGAUUUUGGAUUCAAAUCGGUUAUUAAUUUCGACCGCAAGUUGAAUAAGUAAAUAAUAGUAUGUUCAUACUUCUAAUACAGAACUAACUAGGUACUAAUUAACUACUAAUGAGCUAUUACAAAGUUUCUGCUCACGUAAAUAUUUGUAUUCCUUCUUGCAUUCAACAAACCUUCACUCCAAACCUACUUGAUUUAUUUUUCUAAAAAUAAUGAAAUAUCUGUGUUGUCAUUUUAGACAUGUCAAAAUUAAUUAUUUGGAUCUGUACCUAACAAAUAAGUUAAAUUUCCCAAAAAAAGACAACAAUACCUAAAAUUCCAGAAAUGAGUAAACCUAAAAGGAUAUGCAAAUGUCCUGCAAAAGUUCAAAAGUGUUGUAAAUAUUCAAAAGCGACAUCAGACCCACAAGAUGUCGUUGAUAUUAUUCAGGCACUCAAUUAUCAAGACUUCGUUGAGCAUGCUAAGAAUCGGAAAGUAUCAAAGCCACCGAAAUUUAAAACUAAGCAGUUUAAGCCGCCGCAUUUUAGAGACACUUGCGUGCCGAUGAAGCCUUCUAUGCACACAAGGCUUAGAUAUAUCGGUCAUUGUGCUCUGGAACCACCUCGCACCGAUGAUAAGGGCCGGCGAAUCUAUUCAAGAUACGACUUCGAAUCAACGUCGGAAGAUGAUGAAGAAGAAGAAGGUAAUGGAAUUUUACGUAGGAGGCGAAGAAAGGGCGAAAAGUAUCGGAAGCGGGUUCGGUACUUCGAUCUGAUGCCGGGCGACAUAUACCUACCUACCCCUGUACCAGUUGUCAAGCACACAUCAUCCGAUAAAUCAAUCUUGAGUAUACUUAGUCCGAAUAUAAGUGGGGAGGUGAUUCAAGCUGAAAGAGCCGCCGUAAAACCGGCGGAAAUGAGACCACCUCUACCACCAAAAUCUGGACAUGAGUUGUUCAAGCCGCAUAGCGGGAUAGUUCUCAACAGAGACCAUCAAUUUGUACCAGACGUUGUACAUAUACCAGGCUUUUCGAAAGAGACCAAACCAAAGAAAGCGAAACCUUGCUACAAGGGAGGGGUGUGUAAAAAAUCGUGCUCCAAAAAAAAAUGUCGAAAAUAUAUUAACGCUUUAAAGAAAAAGAGACGACUGGCUAUGAGUAAGAGAGGCUACCCAGAUACAGGCUACAUCAAUCUUGGCGUUACCGACGGUAAACCAAGAGCAAGGGGCACACAGAAAUUUAUCUCAAGAGAUGAUGAAGAUGAAGGUUGUGGCUUAGAUGAAAUACCUAGACCGGAACAUGUACACAUACCAAUGAAUUUAAAAAGAGGAACGCUACAAACUCACUCUCUUACUGUAAUCCCGUGUACAAAGGACAGAAGGCCUGACAUACAUUACGGUAUACUGACGGGCUCCUUCAAUAUGUACGAUAAUAAGUAUGGUCAGAGAUCAAGAGGUAGACAAGCUUUGACGAUGAGUGUAAUGGCUUAUUGUUUAGCAUUCCAUUACCACCCGAAGCAGUGGACGAUGAAGCUGAUCGACAACUUGGUGGACGCUGGUGAUGUGUGGUACAUCCAAUGCCUGGAUAAAGUCCAUGAUCAUUCUCAAGUGCAAGGUAUCUGCGAAGUAUUGCAGUUUGGCAAGAAACAAAUAUUGGUACUGAAUGGUAAAAGGAUGCAAGUUCUACUCUGUGAACCAGACAUCGUUGGGUACACUAUGUCUUUGGAUCCCACUGUAUAUAACCUGUGCAGGGGACUUAAAGCUUUCUUCAAAGAGAACAGAGCAGGCGUUUUGUUAACCAGGGUCUUAAAACUAGUGAUAUGGAAAGACAGAGUGUGCUAUUACAUUUUCGACCCAGCCGGUAGAGAUUCCAGAGCUUAUUCCAACUUCGCACACGGCCAAGCUGCUCUCAUGAACGUCAAAGACGUCGAUUCAGUCGCUGAAGUUCUCCUAGCACGCAGUAUACUUGAAGAUCAAAAAUUCGUCCUCGCUCCCGUGAAAGUACUAAAGAUGGCAGACGAAAAAUGUGACGAAGAUUUUGAAUCUGAUAAAGAACUCACCCAAGCUGAGAAAGCUAUGAUGGGAUACAGAAUUUUAAACGAAAACUGUGCCAUAGUCAAUGCUAAUAUGCACUUGGGAGAUCGAUGCUUCGAGGAUGCUAAAUUCAGACAAGCUUUACCCAUCGCCAUCGUCGCGAUGAGCUACGCAAAAAUAUCACCACCCAACACAUGGUUUUCAAAGACAUUGGAUAAAAUAUUACGGCUGGGCAACAAGCUCUACAUUGAUUGUACGCAUCCAAAAGUAAUGAUCGAUAUAACCAUUGACAAUAUACCAAACGAGAUUAUGAUUGGUCCAUAUGCAUGUGAGAUUAUAAUAUACAGAGAAAGGGUGAAAGGACAGCUAUAUACAACGAAGGAAUGCUUGCUUAAUAUUAAAACCGGCCUUGAAGAAUUCUUUAACCACGAGUACAACUGCGGCAUAUUGGAGUUUAAUAAUUAUACAUUGGCGGUUUGGAGACAAAAGGAUAUGUUCUAUUUAUUUGAUCCUUAUCCGCGAACCAAUGACGGACUUAGAGUCAUGAAGGGUGGAAAGGCGUGUUGUCUAAUGCUUUUGAAUCCCGGAACGAUGGCGGACGCAUUUAUCAAAAACUGGGAUUCUCUACCAGCUACGACGCAGUUUUAUAUCCACGCUUUCAAAGUUCUAAAGUUAAAGAAGAAAGAGCCAAAGAUGCAAAUAGUUUGUACCCUAAGCGACGAGGAGCUGCCUGGAGCGAAGAAAAAAGGGAAAAGUGUACCUUGUAUGGGAAGCAGAGAACACGGUGACGGCAGGGAGAUCUAUCAUGACGUCAUGCCUGUUGAGGUUGUUCUGGACAAUAAAACUCCUGGAGCGAAUGCAGUGGACGAAGAACAAAUGGGCGACAUUAUAUCUUUAGUGGACAGUGUGCAAGAGGAUUAUAUUCCGCCGAUACCAAUGAGAUACAAAACCCAUAUAGACGAUCCAAUCGAACCAAAAGUCGUAAACUUGGACUCGCCGACGGUGUCGGUGACGCAGGUGGUGCCGCCGUGGCCGAAGCCUCGCGACAAGACUAACGAACCCAUUGAACCCGACCCAAGUCCAAUACCUACUCCUCCACCCACGCCGCCGCCGAUGCCGCCGCCGGAAGGUGGAGAAGAAGCGGAGGAAGAAGCAGCAGAAGAAGAAGAAGACGAAGAGACGCGGAAGCUGAAAGAAGAAGAAGCAAAGAGGAAGGCUGAGGAAGAGGAGGCGCGGCGGAAGGCCGCGGAGAUCCCACCGCCACUGCCACCGCCACCACCCUCGCCACAACCAGAGCCUGAAGUACCGCUGGCGCCAAUGCAGUUGGCAGAAGAUGAAGUUCAAACUCUGCCCGCAGUCAAUGUCGACCGUCGGGUCCUUCUCACGGAAGACGCUCAAUAUCGCUUUAAACUACGAAAAAUUCGCAAGAAAAUGACACCUCCGCUCAUAGAGGAUCAAUUUGAGGCCACUCUCGAAGAAGAAAUAAAAAAACCGAGCAACUUCAAAGACUUACCCGACACUUCACAAAUCAUUAGAGGAACUAACACCGUCUCGGAUGCGGGUGACAUCGAAUCUAUUGAUAGGUUACCGUUUGGAGCAAUCAUGGCAAUAGUAACAUCUUACAAGUACUCUAUCAAUACAUGGACGCCCGGUAUUGUGAAUUUUGUGGUAGAAACAGCUUUGAGGCUUUAUGAAAAUAAACAGCAGAAGUUUCAACUAGCACCUGUUCAUAUUAUACCGAAAAUUGCACUUGGACAUCAGGCGUAUCAUGCCAAUGUGGAUGUUGUUGGAGAAGGUGCUAGCUGGCAGAUGGAAGAUGUGUUGGCUCGGAAAUUCUUCCCAAAAUUUGACAGGGGCAUGGUUACUACGGCAUCUUACAGUUGUGCAUUUUUCAAAAGAAAUGGCUUGUAUUAUCUUUUCGAUGGCAGUCCUUGUAACGCAAUGGGUCUCAGAGACGAAGCCGGCAGUAACGGAAAAGCAUGCUUUUUGCGAUUCCGCACGCUACAUGACCUCGUGAGCAGAAUAAAUUACAACAAGGAUGGAGGAUCAGAUGACCAACAAUUUAUCCUCAGUAGAAUACUAGUUAGAAGACUCCUAAAAGAGGCUCGCACUACAUUACCUGAAGAUCAUGACUUUUCUACUGGUAGACCUAAGUCCAAGAAAUCUAAACAAACAGUUUUAGCUUCUGAGAUGGAUACCGAAAGCCGACGAUUGGACGUAAAAGAAAUGAAAAGCCAAACAGCGGUUGGGUAUCAAUUGGUAGACGGCGUGUACCGAAUAGAAGGAACUACGUCACUGAAUCAAAGAAAACCAAGUACAGAUGUGAAGUCUUGUCAUUUCGUUAGCCUCAUCGCAAUGCUAAUGGCCGCUAUGCAUCCGAUCAGAACCUGGGACCAUGUCAUGGUUGACGUUUGUAUAGAAAAAGGUUUAGAAAUAUACGAUAAAGCUACAAAUCUGAGUGUUUGCGAAAAGAGGGUAAUUAAAAACGUAAUAUUAGAUGGAAAAUUCAUAAAUAUCAACAUCAAGAAAAUUAUAGUUGUCAACGAGAAUCCAGAGAAAAGACUUGAGCAAUAUUUAAAAGCCGUAUUGAAAAGAUUACGUUAUGUUAUUAUAAGAUUUCCUCAAUUUAGUUUAGUCAUAUGCCAAACAGAAGGAUUUUAUCAUCUCUUUGACCCCUACCCGCCGCCUGGUGAAGAAUUCAGAGAAAAGGAUACGCAAGGAGAAGAGAAACCUUCUAGAAAAGGAAAUGAAGUAGCGUCUUGGACGUUAUAUCGCUCUAUGGAAGCACUUAUUAGGCGAAUAAGGAAAGUGUUACCAGGAAAGCAAGCUGAUGAUCCUGAAUUUUAUACAUUCGAAUUGACUUCAGUAAAAACUGCUCCACGUCAUUCAGCUUUGAAUUAUAGACUAAGUCCUCUCUUCAGGCCCGACGAAAAUCCUAACUUACCGUAUAUGAAACGAAGAAAAGUGCGCCCCUUGGUGGACGAGAAAAUGUAUUGGCUAAAUAUCCCAGAGGUACCAUGGUCUCGAAUGCUUGCUGUAAAUGACUUGGGCUUUGACAGAAAAACACCAAAAACAAUGUGGAAAGAUUGGGAUAUCGAAUUUCCGGGCGAUCUGUAUUCAUUGUGGGGGACAAUACAUCCACUGGAUAAACGGUUUGAGGAAGAACAUCGCGGUAAACAGUAUCUGGCAACCAGUGUCGUGGCUAUUGGCAUGACCCAGGCCUGUGACAUUAGCGCUUGGACGAGUGGAUUCCUCGACGGAAUUGUUUAUGGCGGACACGCUUACCAUAAAAAGUGUGCUACUAAGGUUGGCUCGGCUCCUAACCACGAAGUUACUUUUGAGGAUUUAGAUACUAAAUUAGAAGAAAUGUAUCCGUUUCAAUUUGCACUUAAGUUUGAGAAAACUAUUUUUGGCUUUGUUUACAACAUAUAUCCUGAUCGUUUUAAUUUGAGUAAGGCGUUGUCAUAUUUCUUUGAGAAGAAUAACCUUGGGAUACUUACUAGUCCAACUAAAAAUUUGGCAUUUGGAAGGAUUAAAUCGUCGUAUUUUAUGUUUGAUUGUCAAAGUUAUGGCGCGCCGAUUUUCAGUCCUGGUCAAGGGUCAGCUUACAUAUUGAAAUGUGAGAGCCUCAAUAGACUUAUUUACUGCAUGACUAUAACAUUGAAUAUUCGAAGACAUGGACAACAAUUUCAUUUAUACAGUGUUACUGUAACAGUUUCUGAAAAAACUAAAUAAAGUUAUAUCAUCAAUUU